AUGCCGCCUCCGAACGCGAAGAAACUCACUGCGCAGCCAGUGCGCACGCGACAAUUCGCCGGCAAGCCCGCUGCAGUCGAGGCAGAGGAGCGCUCCAGCGAUGAGUCCGAGUCGGAGGAGGAACAGCCCAAACAGAAGCCCUUUGCAAAGCCGAGGCCCGCGCCCGUCGCCUCGUCGUUUCCCAAAGGCGCGCUCAAGUCGAAGCUUGCCGCGCGCCAAAAGUCGGACGCGGAGCGCAAGGCGCUGGAAGACGAGUUCGAGACGGAGAGCGAGGGCGAAGACGGCGGAGACGGCAGUGGCAGCGCGGAUGGGAGCGGCAGUGGCAGUGGAAGCGGCAGUGGCAGUGGCAGCGGCAGCGAGGACGAGGACGAGUCGGAGCAAGAGUCGAGUAGCGAAGACGAGGCGCCCAAGAAGCUGCUGCGGCCCGUGUUCCUCAAGAAGAACGAGCGCAACAAGGUCGCGGCGCCCGUCAAGUCGGCAGAGGAAGCCGCCGCCGAGGAAGAGGCGCGGCGGCAGGAGCAGUCGCGCGCGCUGGUGCAGGAGCAGGUCGAGCAGCGCAUUGCGGAAAAGGCCGCGGGCAAGAAGGACUGGGACGACGAUGUCGAGGACGCCGACAUCAACGCCAUCGACGACACCGACGGGCUCGAUGCCGCCGCCGAGUACGCGGCGUGGAAGCUGCGCGAGCUCAAGCGCAUCAAACGCGAGCGCCAGGCCAUCGAGGAAGCCGAAGCUGAGCGCGCCGAGAUUGAGCGCCGCCGCAACCUGUCGGCGGCCGAGCGCGAUGCUGAGGACCGCGCCUUCAUCGACCAGCAGAAGGAGGACCGCGCCGACCGCGGCGAGAUGCAGUACAUGCAGAAGUACUUCCACAAGGGCGCCUUCUUCACCGACGAGCUCAAGGAGCUGGGCGUCGACCGCCGGAACCUCAUGAACGCCCGUUUCGAGGACCAGACCAACCGGGACGUCCUGCCAGAGUACAUGCAGAUCCGCGACAUGACCAAGCUCGGCAAGAAGGGCAGGACACGCUACAAGGACAUGAAGACGGAAGACACGGGCAGGUGGGGCGACUAUGCCGACGACCGCCCGCUCAAGGACAAGGCCGACUUUGGCGUCGACGAGAGGUUCCGACCCGACGCCUACCGUGGCCGCGACCCAGAGCGCGAAGGUGCCACCGGAGCCAACGCCAAGCCGCUGGGCGACAGGAAGAGGUUCGGCGAGGACAGCGAGAGGGAUAGCAAGCGGCCAAGAUACGAAGAAAGAGCUUGA